AUGGCCCCUUCUGCUGUUGAGGCAGACGUGCCCGUGCAUGUGAACGUCAAGGGAGUAGCCCGCGCACCACUCCAACUGUCAGGUGCACUCGAUCCCUAUGAGUCUUUCGACGUCACCCCUAUCAUCGGCCGGGAGUUUCCCACUGCCAAUCUGGUCGAGUGGCUCGACGCCCCCAACUCGGACGAACUUUUGAGGGACCUCGCCAUCACCAUCUCCCAACGCGGAGUGGUAUUCUUCCGGGCCCAAGACGACCUGACCAACGAGCUCCAGAAGAAGCUGAUCCUGCGCCUUGGCGAGCUGACAGGACGGCCGGCUACCUCAGGACUCCAUAUCCACCCCCUCCUUAACUCGGAGCGCGAGCUGGGGGGCGACGAUCCUGAGAUCAGCACCAUCAGUUCGAUCCAGAGCAAGAAGUUCUAUUCCAAAUCCGUGCCAGAGACGCUCAGCGUCAAGAAGCAGAGCAGCGCCCAGUGGCAUAGCGACAUUGCCUUCGAGCCGGUGCCCGCCGACUACACGUCUCUGCGCUUGGUCCAGCUGCCCACGACAGGUGGAGACACCCUCUGGGCAUCGGGCUACGAGAUCUACGACCGCAUCAGUGAGCCAUACCAGAAGUUCCUCGAGACGCUCACCGUCACCUUUGAGCAGCCGGGUUUCCAAAAGGUGGCCGAGCUGUCCGGGUUCAAGCUCUACGACAAGCCGCGAGGCGCACCCGAGAACAUUGGUGCCGAGCUCAAGGCCGUCCACCCGGUUGUGCGCACGAACCCGGUCACGGGCUGGAAGAGCAUCUUCCCCGUUGGAGGUCAUGUCAAGCACAUCAACGGCUUGACCCAGGAGGAGAGCUCCAGGUUGCUUGACUGGUUCCUAGACCUGGUCUACAAAAACCACGAUCUGCAGGUCCGGUUCAAGUGGAAGCAUCCGAACGAUAUUGCCAUCUGGGACAACCGCUCCGUCUUCCACACCGCCACAUUUGACUACGUCGACGGCAACUACGGCGAACGCUUCGGCAACCGCGCGGUCGGCCUAGGCGAGAAGCCGUUCCUCGAUCCUAAUAGCACCUCCCGGAGGGCCGCGCUAAGCAAGGCUUGA